CCUUCAACACUGCUGAACGCCGUUAUCUUUGCCGUCCAACGGGCGUCUAUCUCUCAAAAUUUCACCUUCAUGUUGCGCCGUCAAUCUAGAGAACGGAGACAAUACGUUUAUGCCAAGUCGUUGGAGGCUCAGGAAAGACAAACAUAUGAACGGAAACAACAGUUAAAGGAUGCUUUAGCGACGGGAAAAUCACUACCAACAGAGUUGAAGAAGGAUGCGAAAACGUUGGGUCAGGAGCUGGCUUUUGACGAAGCGCAAGUAGAACCCACAUCGCAUAUUGAUAAUGAAUAUUCAAGAGCCGGGAUCCAGGAUCCAAAAAUCAUUAUCACUACGUCGAGAGACCCUUCUUCCAAAUUGCUUCAAUUUUCCAAAGAAAUCAGACUGAUAUUUCCCAACUCGCAUCGGAUAAAUCGAGGAAACUAUGUUGUGAAGGAACUUGCAGAGGCUUGUCGGGCAAACGAUGUUACAGACCUGAUCGUACUGCACGAACACCGCGGCAAUCCUGACGCAAUGAUUAUCUCUCAUUUUCCCCAUGGUCCGACUAUCUUCUUCACUCUCAACAACGUCGCGCUACGGCAUGACAUUGCAACCUAUAAAGAGUCAACUGUGUCAGAGCAAUACCCUCAUCUCAUAUUUGAAAACUUCACGUCGAAAUUAGGCGAACGAAUUCAGGAUAUCCUGAAGUAUCUCUUCCCUGUACCCAAAGAAGACAGUAAAAGAGUCAUGACUUUUGCCAAUGAAGACGACUUUAUCUCUUUCCGACAUCAUGUAUUCGUAAAAAUACCACGGCAAGUCCAGCUCGCAGAAGUAGGACCCCGAUUUGAAAUGAAGCCGUAUGAAAUUCGCCAAGGUACCAUUGAACAGGCGGAGGCAGAACGUGAAUGGGUAUUGGCACAUUAUUCAAGAACGGCAAAGAAAAGAAGCGUGUUAUCUGGCUCGGGGAGUUACUCAGCCCCUCGAAAUUCGCGUAAGCCACCAAUGAAAAAGAUCAGACGUUGAAGUGUAUAUUCUCGUACGGUCGCCGUACGUUGCUACGCCAGUCUAUUACAAUGGGUAUAUGAUCACCCCGUCCCCCCAGCCCCAUCCAUUUGUAUUCUCUUCCCAUGCUGUAUAAAACUUCUUUCUCUAGAAGAUGUAUGCUGAACUAGACGUCGAUUUCAAGUUUCCGAGGCAUAAAAAUUCGAACAAGUGAAUUCACCCGCAAGCGUCAAUUGUACUGUAUGUUUUCUA